UGUCCGAUCCAAGAGUGGAAUUGUGCUGCGGACUGUGAAAUGUGGGAAUUUUUUUUAUCAUUAGUAAGUAUGGUUUAAACAAAAACAGGUCGUCGUUAGUUGAGACAAACUACUCUCCAAGAUGUCUAGUCAUGCUAAGAUGAAGAAGAAGAAGAAGUUCAGAGUUAUGAGCCAAAAAGUUAAAGUCUUUCGAUCCAAAAAUCCGCUUCUCAGUGUUUUGAUGUGGGGAGUUAGUCAUUCGAUCAACGAGCUCUCGCAUGUGAAUAAUCCAGCCAUGCUAAUGCCAGACGACUUCAAAGCAUUCACAAAACUUCGCGUGGACAAUCACCUCUUCAACAAAGAAAAUUUCCCAAGCCAUUUCAAGUUCAAAGAAUACUGCCCUUUAGUAUUCAGACAGCUUCGGGAACGUUUUGGCAUUGAUGAUAGCCAUUAUGCUGCUUCCUUUCAGAGCCCUCCCUUAGUCAUGCCCUCGCCUGGUCGAAGUGGUGCCAAAUUCUUCAUUUCCAAGGACAAAAGAUUCUACGUGAAAACAAUAGAGGGUGAAGAUAUUGAAAGACUUCAUAACAUUCUUCCACAGUACCACCAUUAUAUUGUUGAGAAACAUGCCAAAACAUUGUUGCCCCAGUACUUGGCUGUGUACCGUAUCACAGUGGAUAACAAAGAGACAUACCUUUUAGUAAUGAAAAGUGUGUUCAGUUCAAAGUUUAAAAUACACAAGAAGUAUGACUUAAAAGGUUCUACAGUUGAUAGACAAGCAAGCAUAAAAGAAAAGACAAGAGAAAAUCCUACAUUCAAGGAUAAUGAUUUCACAAAAGAUAAUGCAAAGCUUCGUAUUGGUGAUGAAGUGAAGAAGGACUUGUUGCAAAGAGUUAAGGAUGAUGUUGAGUUUUUGACAAGCCUUAACAUCAUGGACUAUAGCUUGCUAGUAGGAAUUCACGAUGCUGAUCUUGCUGAGGCAGGGAAUGAUGUUGAUGAUUUUCUGGGGGGUGUAGACAGUAAUGAAGACAGUGAGCCAGAGUCCCCUCGUGAAGCUGACUCGCCCCAGGAAUCUGACUCCCCAGGCGAGGCAGAGAUGCUUUACUCUGAAACACCUCCAACAACUCCUCCGGCUAACUGCAAUGAUCACAGAGAGAGAAAUGUCAGCUUAGGAAGCACCGAUCUUGACAUGAGGGAGGAGGAAGAUGACACAGAAGGCUUUCAAAGUGUAGAUGAAGACAGACGCCAGUGUUAUUACCUUGGUAUCAUAGACGUGCUUACAUUUUAUGGUGCUGGAAAAAAGGCUGCUCAUGCUGCAAAAACUGUCAAACAUGGGGCAGGAGCAGAAAUUUCCACAAUAAAACCAGAGAAUUAUGCCAAUAGAUUCCUGGAGUUAAUGGAGAGAAUAUUUGAAUAGAUGUAUUUACAGUAAUUUUUAAGCAAAAAUAUACAGUGCAUACUUAAAUGUACAAUCAACUUAUCAAUCACCAGCAUUGUAAACCCUUUGAAAUCCACACCUCCAAAAUGUAUAAAUUAAAUUUAAUUGUUAUUUUUAAUUUUUGAUGCAUCACAGUCACAAAUAUUAAUUUUUUUUGGUAUUCAGAAUUCAUCAAGCAUAUUGUUGUUGUUCUUUUUUUAACACCCUUAUUUAAAACUGUUAAUUACAGGGAUGCUUCUAUAAUAUAGCUGGGAGGAUGUUAAUGAUUUCUCAAACUGAUAUUUGACCCUUUCUGUAAUAGUUGCUUUUAAUGAUGUCAUGUUCACAUAGCAAGAGGUAGAUUGUUGAUAAUAUUGUUACUUUUAUCUGCUAGGAAAAAUUUUAUCUCUGUUAGUAGUAAUUAUUCUACAAAAUGAAAAGAAUGGUGAACAAAUUUAUUCUUUUGAUGCAAAAGAGUAAACGUUUUCCUCCCAAAAAGUUUUACGUAUUGUAUUAGUUUUCUUAAUUUAUUUGCCUAUGGAUGUCAUAUUGUUUUGAAUUAGAUAAAUUGAUUUAGAAUUCCUAACAGAUCCAAUAAUGAAACAAUUUUUUUUCCUCUAUGGGAGAAGGAAUUUGCCCAAAACAUCCAACUACAGUGAAUUUAAGGGUGAUCACAUCGCAAGUUUCAAUCAUAGGUGAAUUUCUUUCAGUUAUGCCAAGUGGAGCAGGGUUGUUUCGAGUGCACUUUCUGAAGCUGCAGUGGUUCUGGUACAAGAGGGAGGGAGAGAGGCAGUAGUUAAAAAUUGAAGGCAUUUCAUGGACUUGUACAUGUAUCAGUCAGUCAGUCAGUCAGUCAGUCAGUCAGUACCACUAUAGUUUUAUCUAAUAUAUCUGAAACCUCUCUUGAAUGAAAUGUGUUUUAUCUCAACUAAUAAUAUAUUUCUCCCAAAAUUUUUUUUUACUCUGAACAUUCUAGAUAAAAAGAUAAAUGGCAAUCCAGUGGAAAAAUGUUAACAAAACUCACUGUUCCAUCCCACAGAUAGCCAUUUAUCUAGCGGAUAACCUUAUCCGCCGGGGCCAGAACUUCGAAGUACAAGUUUUAAAAAUUUAAAAUGAUCAGCUGCUUUUUUCAGCUCUCUUUAAAUCUCUACGGGAUAAUUUGUGUAUUUUCAAUUUUUUUAAUUUUUUUUUUUUUACUGAAUAUUUUAAUUUUAAGUUCAAUAUGGCCCCGGGCACAAGAGUACUGAGAAGCCAUAUUUUCAGGGUAAACCUUAAUUGAGGUAUCAUUUCAGUCAGAUUGUGACCUACAUGUACAUGUAUCACAACUCUAGUUCAAGUUCACAUUUCAUGCACCUGCUUGCCAGUAUUUAAUAUUACUUGUAAUUGUUCUUCAUGUUUCUACUCAGAGGUCCUGUAAGAUAUGAGGCAGCAUACUGAAUCACCAUUUUGAAUCUGCUGUAAAGAACAGUGCUCAUUCAUUCUAUAAAGAAUUGUGUGACUUGACUGACACUAACGUAUCAGAGACCCCAUAUUUCUGAUGAUUUUCUGAAAAACACUCUUACAGAGUUGGAUGUGAAACUCAGGGUUCAUGGUCUUAUUUAGGUUUCCAAAUCUAUUUAUUCUCUUGAUGUUUUGAUCUUGGAAAAACGUGACUUCUUAACUUAUGAACUGCAAGCAGUGUUGUAUGCAUUUGCAAAUAGGAAUUUCCUAUAGAAAUAUUUGUUAAAAUGUAAAAAAAAAACAUUUCCAAAAAUGUAUCACCUUCUAAUGCUUGUGAGCCCUUCUUAAAUCUUAAUAAAAAUUUCUUUUAAAUAUUA